CCACCGCCGAAGCCGAACCACGAGCAGGAGCAGGAGCCGACGCCGCCCGGCGUGAGGAGAGCCAGAGCCGCCGGCGCCGAGACCCCGUUGCCCGACCCUGAGGAGAAUGUCCCAGAAAUCUUGGAUAGAAAAUACUUUCAACAAACGGGAAUGUGUCUACAUUAUACCAAGUUCAAAGGAUCCUCACAGAUGCCUUCCAGGAUGUCAGAUUUGUCAGCAACUUGUCAGGUGCUGUUGUGGUCGCUUGGUCCGCCAACAUGCUUGCUUUACUGCCAGCCUUGCCAUGAAAUAUUCAGAUGUGAAACUGGGUGAAAAUUUUAAUCAGGAGGUAGAAGAGUGGUCUGUAGAAAAACAUACUGAGCAGAGUUCCACAGAUGCUUAUGGUAUCAUAAACUUUCAAGGAGGCUCUCAUUCGUAUCGAGCUAAGUAUGUGCGGUUGUCAUAUGACACCAGACCUGAAGCCAUCCUACAGCUUAUGCUUAAAGAAUGGCAGAUGGAACUGCCCAAGCUUGUUGUUUCUGUUCAUGGAGGGAUGCAAAAAUUUGAGCUUCAUCCACGCAUCAAACAAUUGCUUGGUAAAGGCCUUAUUAAAGCUGCAGUGACAACAGGAGCCUGGAUUAUAACUGGAGGAGUGAAUACAGGAGUUGCAAAGCAUGUUGGUGAUGCCCUCAAGGAACAUGCCUCUCGAUCAUCUCGAAAGAUUUGCACUAUUGGAAUAGCUCCAUGGGGAGUAAUUGAAAACAGAAAUGACCUCGUUGGGAGAGAUGUUGUUGCUCCAUAUCAAACCCUGCUGAAUCCUUUGAGCAAACUUAACGUCUUGAAUAAUCUUCAUUCCCAUUUCAUACUGGUGGAUGAUGGAACAGUUGGAAAAUAUGGAGCAGAAGUGAAACUACGAAGAGAACUGGAAAAAACAAUUAACCUGCAAAGGAUCCAUGCACGAAUUGGCCAGGGUGUCCCUGUGGUUGCACUCAUAUUUGAAGGUGGCCCCAAUGUUAUCCUCACAGUUUUGGAAUACCUUCAGGAAAACCCACCUGUGCCAGUGGUGGUUUGUGAGGGAACUGGCAGAGCUGCAGACAUCCUAGCUUAUGUAUAUAAACAAACAGAAGAGGGAGGGAAUAUCCCUGAUGGAGCAGAACCUGAAGUCAUUUCAACCAUCAAAAAGACAUUUAAUUUUGGUCAGAGCGAGGCAGUUCAUUUGUUCCAGACCUUGCUGGAGUGCAUGAAAAAAAGAGAACUUAUCACUGUGUUCCAUAUUGGAUCUGAUGAGCAUCAAGAUAUUGAUGUUGCAAUCCUUACAGCGCUGCUAAAAGGCACAAAUGCUUCUGCGUUUGACCAGCUUGUCCUUACACUUGCGUGGGACAGAGUUGACAUUGCCAAAAAUCAUGUUUUUGUUUAUGGACAGCAGUGGCUGGUUGGGUCUUUGGAACAAGCUAUGUUAGAUGCCCUUGUGAUGGAUAGAGUUGCCUUUGUGAAACUUCUUAUUGAAAAUGGAGUGAGCAUGCACAAAUUCCUUACAAUUCCCAGACUGGAAGAACUUUACAACACUAAACAAGGCCCAACAAAUCCAGCACUGCUUCAUCUUGUUCGAGAUGUCAAACAGGGAAACCUUCCUCCCGGAUAUAAACUCACUUUGAUUGAUGUGGGGCUUGUUGUGGAAUAUUUGAUGGGAGGAACCUACAGAUGCACCUACACACGAAAACGCUUCAGAGUGAUAUACAACAGUCUCAGUGGCAGCAAUCGGCGGUCUGGGCGAAAUGCUUCAGGCAGCACCCCUCAAUUGCGUAAAAGCCACGAACCUUUUGGUAACAGGGUGGAUAAGAAAGAGAAAAUGCGGCAUAAUCACUUCAUCAAAACUGCCCAGCCUUACAAACCAAAGGCCGAUAACACUUCAGAAGAAGGAAAAAAGAAGCAAACCAAAGAUGACAUAGUAGAUAUUGAUGAUCCAGAAACGAGACGCUUUCCUUACCCUCUGAAUGAGUUGUUACUGUGGGCAGUACUAAUGAAGAGGCAAAAAAUGGCUCUUUUUUUCUGGCAACAUGGUGAAGAAUCCAUGGCGAAAGCCUUAGUGGCCUGCAAGCUAUAUCGUUCAAUGGCCUAUGAAUCAAAACAAAGUGACCUUGUUGACGAUACCUCGGAAGAACUGAAACAGUAUUCAAAUGAGUUUGGGCAGCUGGCAGUUGAGCUAUUAGAACAGUCAUUCCGACAAGAUGAAACUAUGGCUAUGAAGUUGCUAACUUACGAGCUAAAAAACUGGAGUAAUGCCACCUGCCUUAAACUAGCAGUGUCUUCACGGCUUCGCCCUUUCGUAGCUCAUACUUGUACACAAAUGUUGUUGUCUGAUAUGUGGAUGGGAAGGCUGAACAUGAGGAAGAAUUCAUGGUACAAGGUAAUAUUGAGCAUCUUACUUCCCCCUACUAUACUAAUGCUAGAAUACAAAACCAAGGCAGAAAUGUCCCAUAUCCCACAGUCUCAAGAUGCACAUCAAAUGACUAUGGAAGACAGUGAAAACAACUUUCAAAACAUAGCGGAAGAGAUACCAAUGGAAGUGUUUAAAGAAGUAAGGGUCUUGGACAAUACAGAAGGAAAGCAUGACAUGGAGGCAACAGUAAAACCCAAGAGGCUUCCCAUUACGCGAAAGUUUUAUGCCUUCUAUCAUGCACCAAUAGUGAAAUUCUGGUUUAACACGUUGGCCUACUUAGGAUUUCUGAUGCUUUAUACAUUUGUGAUUCUUGUGAAAAUGGAAGAGCUGCCCUCAAUUCAAGAAUGGAUUGUCAUUGCAUAUAUUUUCACGUUGGCUGUUGAGAAGAUUCGUGAGAUCUUUAUGUCAGAGGCGGGCAAGAUCAGUCAAAAGACUAAAGUGUGGUUUAAUGAUUACUUCAAUGUCAGUGAUACUGUAGCCAUUAUCACAUUCUUCAUUGGUUUUGGACUAAGAUUUGGAGCACAGGGAAACUUCAGUGAAGAUACUUACAAUUCAAACUACGUUUUCGUUGCUGGAAGGCUAACUUACUGCCUGAAUAUAAUCUUUUGGUAUGUGAGAUUACUGGAUUUUUUGGCUGUAAACCAACAUGCUGGACCUUACGUCAUGAUGAUUGGGAAAAUGGUGGCCAACAUGUUUUACAUUGUAGUAAUUAUGGCACUUGUGCUGCUCAGUUUUGGAGUCCCCAGAAAGGCAAUACUUUAUCCUAAUGAAAAACCAUCCUGGGUUUUAGCAAGAGAUAUUGUCUUUCGGCCCUAUUGGAUGAUCUUUGGUGAAGUUUAUGCCUAUGAAAUUGAUGUAUGUGCAAAUGAUUCCCAAACAAUCAUACCAUGUGUGACUGGAGCAUGGCUGACACCCUUCCUUCAGGCCGUCUACCUUUUCGUGCAGUACAUUAUUAUGGUCAAUCUUCUCAUCGCCUUUUUCAACAAUGUAUAUUUACAGGUGAAAGCAAUUUCCAACAUUGUAUGGAAAUACCAGCGUUAUCAUUUUGUUAUGGCAUAUCACGAGAAGCCUAUCCUGCCCCCUCCUCUUAUUAUUCUUAGUCAUAUGGCUUCCCUAUUUUGCUGUGUAUGCAAGCAGAGAAAGAAAGACAAAACUUCUGAUGGGCCAAAACUGUUUCUAACAGAAGAAGAUCAAAAGAAGCUUCAUGAUUUUGAAGAGUUGUGUGUUGAGAUGUAUUUCAAUGAAAAAGAUGAUAAAUUCCAUUCUGGAAGUGAAGAGAGAAUUAGAGUUACUUCUGAACGCGUUGAGCAAAUGUGCAUCCAAAUCAAGGAGGUUAGUGACCGAGUCAACUAUAUCAAGCGUUCAUUGCACUCUCUCGAUACACAGAUUGGCCACUUGCAAGACCUCUCUGCUCUUACGGUGGAUACUUUGAAAACAUUAACUGCCCAGAAGGCUUCAGAAGCUAGCAAGGUCCAUAAUGAAAUUACACGAGAACUGAGUAUCUCAAAGCAUUUGGCACAAAACCCCAUUGAUGACGGUCCUUUAAGAUCUUCCAUGUGGAGAAAGCACAGCAUUGGCAAUGUAUUUGGUUCUUCUUUUCCUCAAGGAGGCCUUGAGAGUAAUAAUGCUUUACUGUGCAACAUUUCUAUGCAAGAUGAAAGAGAUUCUGGACAUAAGAUGACUGGGCCCCCCAAGAGGGAUGAAUUCAACUUUCCAGAGGCAGGUUCCUCGGGCAGUGCCUUAAUUCCAAGAGCUCUAUCCCCCCCAGAACUCCGUCAAAGAAUACAGGGUACAGACUCAUCGAAAUGCGUUCAAAAGAAUAAAAAGACGGGCACUUCGCUAAGCAGCAUGCCACACCUAACAUCUUCGACAGCCAAAUUUUUCGUUAGCACUCCUUCUCAGCCCAGCUGUAAAAGCCAGUUAGAAAGUACCACAAAGGACGACCAGGUUAUAGUCCUUAAGGCUGCUGAUGGAGAGAAUGCUGUUGAAUUUGGUGCAUUUGUGGGUGUCGCCAAAGGUCACAGGGACAGCAUGGAAUUGCAACGAUUUAAAGAGACUGUGGCUAAGAGCAAAGAAAAAAGUGAUGAUAUUGAGGAGCAACAGGAAGAUUUCAAAAAAGCAAUUUUGGAAGGCAUCGAGACAAAACAACAGGGUGGUAGUAAUGCAGAAGGCAACCUGAGGCCUGUCAGUUCAUGUGGUGGUUUUACCGACUACCAUAGAAGCUCAUUAGCAGCACUAUCAGAGCAAAUGCACAAGAGUAGAAGACCCUCGGUUGAAGAGCCUCAUCAGGCAGAUUCAAAGGCGGCCUUACUCACAGAUUGGUUACAAGGUCGACCGUCGUAUAGCAAUCAAAUGUCUUCUGAGGAAGAUGCACUGAACGGAAUUGCCUCUCCUUUUAAACCCAUCAUGGAUACCACCUACUACUAUUCAGCUGUUGAAAGAAAUAAUUUGAUGAGGUUAUCGCAAAGCAUACCGUUCACUCCUGUACCUCCAAGAGGCGAACCAGUUACUGUGUAUCGUCUUGAAGAAAGCUCUCCCAACAUCUUGAAUAACAGCAUGUCUUCCUGGUCUCAGUUGGGUCUCUGUGCCAAAAUAGAAUUCCUAAGCAAGGAGGAGAUGGGAGGAGGCUUGCGACGAGCCCUCAAGGUGGCCUGCACCUGGUCCGAGUAUGAUAUUCUGAAAUCAGGCCACCUUUAUAUCAUCAAAUCUUUUCUUCCGGAAGUUGUCAAUACUUGGUCAAGCAUUUACAAAGAAGACACAGUGUUACAUCUCUGUUUAAGAGAAAUUCAGCAACAGAGGGCUGCUCAGAAACUCACGUUUGCAUUCAAUCAGAUGAAGCCAAAAUCUAUUCCCUAUUCUCCAAGGUUCUUGGAAGCAUUCCUCUUAUAUUGUCACUCAGCUGGCCAGUGGUUUGCAAUUGAGGAGUGCAUGACAGGAGAAUUCAGAAAGUACAACAACAACAAUGGAGAUGAAAUAAUUCCAACCAACAUGCUAGAAGAGGUCAUGCUAGCGUUCAGCCACUGGACAUAUGAAUAUACUCGAGGAGAGCUGUUGGUCCUUGACCUGCAAGGUGUUGGAGAAAAUUUGACAGAUCCUUCUGUGAUAAAAGCUGAAGAAAAAAGGUCAAGCGAUAUGGUAUUUGGUCCUGCAAAUCUGGGAGAAGAUGCCAUCAAAAAUUUCAGAGCUAAGCACCACUGCAACUCAUGCUGCAGGAAACUUAAGCUUCCAGACUUGAAGAGAAACGACUACACACCCGAUAAAAUCCUACUGCCUCAAGAUGAUUCUCCAGAACUGACCAUUCGGCCUGGGAGCUGCACCAAAGAAUCGGACUCUGCCAGUUCCAGUCACCUCAUGCUGUAAAGAUACGCACAGCUCUCUGGCUCUAACCAAACCCUCGCAGAAGUCACGGGGUUCGUUUGCCCUUCAUCAAAACAAAGGCAGCAUGGAAAAGGACCAAACUGUUUUGAUGGCUCUGGUACAGUUAACUGUCCACCAUUGAGUGGCCUAGCAUAAUGUGGGAAUCACCUCUGAAGGAGUAGCUGGCAGCUGCUGUUCUUUUUUUUUUAAAAAAAAAGGUUGAAUGAAAUUAAGUAUUUAUGAAAUAGCUUUUUAAAGAGGCGUUUUAGCAGAAGGAUAACUUAACAUUUUACCUUGGUCCAUGAGAGGGGGCCUUUCCUCCCCUUCAUCCUGUAGUGCAAUAUGCCCUUGACCAAAUGAUGUUUUUUCUUUUUGUGCUGAUGGUUUUUAAGGCAGAUGGUUUGGGGGCUUUGUGGCAGCUGGUUUCUGUCAUCUGGCUAGAGAAACGGGAGGGAGCACCCCCCCACACCUUCCCACAGACACCGAAGGAUUCUUUGGACACUUCUCAGGGUGUCUCAGAUAAUUGCUCUCUCUGCUCAGGGCCAUGUGUGUUUUAUGUGGCUCAAUGGAACGAGGCUGCUCCUAAGGAUCUGUCCAUAUUUAGUUAACGCCAGUAAGCUGAGCUGCAGGGAGCGGAAACGCCUGGUUCCAAGCAAGAAGUGAUGGCUUGUCUCCUGCAUCAGGAUUCAUCCUCAAGUGUGGAGCCAGUUCUCUCGGGAUGGGUGGGAUGGAUUGCGCAUAGUGAAAUCCCUCCCCCUCCUGUGUCGUUGGUUUGUUUUUUUUUUAACGAUACAUUUCAGUUUUAUCUAAUCACUGUCCAAUAGUAGUAAAGUCGCAAGACAAGUCUGAUCACAUUUGUAUAACAGAACAAAACAGCUGGUUUUGGGUAAGACGCUGCCUUGUAAAAUGAGCAGGUGCGUUAGGGAAGUUGCUAUUACUUGUUACAUAUAAUGGCCGCUUCAGAAGUGUUGCCUUCCAAAGAUCUCCUAAAACCAGUAAAAGAAAGCUGAAUGUAUGUGUCAACCUUUGGGGGCCUCUUCCGAUGUUAUCACAGCAGUGUUGGAGCUGCCGCAAGUCUGGUACCUUCUCACGCCAUUUGGGUAACUCUGGAAGCCCUGGGCCAUGGGGCAAGAGUCCUGGUUGGGGCUGCUCGUCUUGCCAGCGCUGCCUCGGUUUCCGGCGGGAGCAACGCGGGCGUAGAAGUGAGCUGCAGCGUGGACUUGUCCCCUGGGACCAGCGCUUUCCAACCUCAGCUUUUGCGGUGCUGUAAGGACCAGGCCUGUUGUGGGCUCCACACCACCGCAGGGACGCAAGUAGCAGCCCCUUAGUUGUAUUUAAUAUUGUGUGAAGACACCUUUUAAUGUAAUAUUAUAUAUGGUACUUAUUUAAAAGAAAAGGAACUAGGAUGAAUUUACAUUAUGUAAUGUGUGGGAGAUUGCAAUGCAAACUUUAUGCCAAUAAAAUGUCAUUUUCCUGUCCCAAAUUUGUUGAAUAUUCAACAAGAAGAACCUGUUGUCCAACUGAAUUUUCAUGCUGCAACUUUUGUUUGUUUGUUACAUAGGUACUAAUUGUAAAUUUUAAUUGAACGGCAUCAUAACGCCCAGUAAUUAUUCUUUUUUAAAAUUCUGUAGUGUAUCUUAUAGAUACAGACAUUAAGGCACGAACACAAUAGCUGUUUAAAUGGUGGUUUAUGUUGCUGGGGGAGGAAAGGUAUAGCGUAUUAAAGAUAAAAAACUGUAUACAUUUUGUAUAUCAAUAAAUCUUUAAACAAUCCCAAAUAAAUUUAUUCUUGUUUA